AUGGCCCCCCUGCUGCCUCUGUGGCUGGUGGCCCUGGUCAGCAUGGCCCGGGCGUGCCCCGAGCCCUGCGCUUGCGUGGACAAGUACGCCCACCAGUUUGCCGACUGCGCCUACAAGGAUCUUCAGGUGGUGCCCACAGGGUUGCCCUCCAACGUGACCACCCUCAGCCUCUCAGCCAACAAGAUCACCUCGCUGCAGAGGCGUUCCUUCGUGGAGGUGACCCAGGUCACCUCCCUUUGGUUGGCACACAACGAGAUCCGCUCUAUCGAGCCCGGUACCUUCGCCAUCCUGGUGCAGCUGAAAAACCUCGACGUUAGCCACAACCAGAUUGUGGACUUCCCCUGGCAGGACCUCCACAACCUCAGUGCUCUCCAGCUGCUCAAGAUGAACAAUAACCACAUGGCCCUGGUGCCUCAGGGGGCUUUCCACACCCUGAAGGACCUCCGGUCCCUACGCAUCAACAACAACAAGUUCACCGCCCUUGCAGAAGGUAUCUUCGACUCGCUUAGUUCCCUCUCCCACCUGCAGAUCUACAACAACCCCUUCGAGUGCUCCUGCAAGCUCCAGUGGUUGAAGAAGUGGAUGGACAGAACGCUCAUCUCCAUCCCUGAGAAGGACUCCAUCGCCUGUGCCCUCCCGGAGCAGCUCCGAGGAGUGCCAGUGGGGAAGAUCCCAGACGUGCAGUGCACCUCACCUACUGUGCAGCUCACGUAUUACCCCAACCUGGACAUCACGGAGCUCUUUGAUGGCUUCACUCUGACGCUGCACUGUGCCGUGACCGGCACCCCACCACCCGAAGUGAGCUGGAAGAUCCUCACCUCCAGCCAAACCCUGGAGCUCAACGGGAACCCGAAGGAGGGCGCUGGGAAGGACCUCCCCAAACAGGAUCCUGAGCGCUUCUUGGUCUUCAAGAACGGCACCUUGGUGAUUCCCCACCUGAGCAAGCGGGAAGAAGGCACCUACACCUGCCUGGCCACCAAUGAAAUGGGGAGCAACCAGACCUCGGUCAACGUGGCCGUGGCGGGCACCCAGAAAUACGCGCUGCAGCCCGGGAGGGACCCACUGGGGGGUAAAGCACAGCCAGGUGACAAGAAGCCUGGAGCCAAGGGAGCAAAGAACAGUGUGCUCAUGCCAGAUGACAGGAACAAACCCCUCGGUCCCACUCGGCAGAGCCAACCAUCUUUGGCAGCUGGGACAGAGUCCACAGGAGGUGGGCAAGUCCCUUUCCAGCUUCCACCCUUUGAGAAGAAGUGUGGCUCCACGCAAACCAGCAAGUACAUUUCCAACCACGCCUUCAACCAGAGCGGUGACUUCAAGCAGCACACAUUCGACCUGGGGGUGAUCGCCUUAGAUGUGUCGGAGCGCGAUGCCCGGGUGCAGCUCACGCCCACCUACAUGCAGCCCGAGAAGGUCCACCUCAGAAUGCUCUACCUGUGCCAGGAGAGCAGCCAGGGCCACGCCUUGGUCCAGUGGUCCAAGAUCGAGGAAGGGGUGAACUCGUACUGGUUCCAGGGCUUGAACCCCGGCACCAACUACUCCGUGUGUCUCACCUACCUGGGGGAGGACUGCCAGGUCCAAGUGGUCUUCACCACCAAAAAAGAGAUCCCCUCGCUCAUCAUCAUCGUGGUUGUGAGCAUCUUCUUGCUGGUGCUGGCCACCUUACCCCUGAUGGGGGCCACAUGGUGUCACCUCCUCUCCAAGUACCAAGGGAAGACCUACAAGCUCAUCAUGAAGGCCCAGAACCCGGACCAGAUGGAGAAGCACAUGGCCGCUGACUUUGACCCCCGUGCCUCCUACCUGGAGUCUGAGAAGAACUACAAUCCCAGUGAGGUGGGGGAAGCGGAUGUGGAGGAAGAAGAUGAGGAGGAGGAGGAUGAAGGAGGCAGGCGGAGGAGGAGGAGAGAAGCCGAAGGGGCUGCGGAGCUGGAGCGAGAGGAGAGCAUGGUGGCCAGCUCCAUGGUGGAGUCACAAUCCAAAGCCAACGGCGAGGAGUUUGAGGUUCGCUCUGAGUACAGUGACAAGCUGCCGCUGGGCGCCGAGGCCGUCACCAUCUCCCAAGAGAUCAAUGGCAACUACCGGCAGCGCCCUGACAAGCUGCCGCUGGGCGCCGAGGCCGUCACCAUCUCCCAAGAGAUCAAUGGCAACUACCGGCAGCGCCCAUGGGCUCUGAAGAUGUUCAAGACGUGCUUCGAAGCUCAGGGGCUGACGGACCGCCCGCCUCCAGCCAGACAUCAGCCUGUCCAGCUCCGCGAUGGAGGAAGAAUGAGGCUCCUCCUCUACUGCCUUUGGCUGGCCGUGCUUCUGGGGCCCUGCCUGGCCUGUCCCAGCGCCUGCUCCUGCUCCACCAAGAAAAACGGGCGGCUGUUGGCUGAGUGUGCCUACAAGGAUCUGCAGGAGGUGCCCGAGGGGUUGUCCUCCAACGUGACCAUCCUCACCUUGUCGGCCAACAGGAUCGGCUGGUUGGGACAGGGCUCCUUCGCUGAGGUUCCUGAAGUGCAGUCGCUGUGGCUGGGCUACAACCAGAUCGGGGUGGUGGAGCCGGGGGCUUUUGCCUUGUUGGUGCACCUGAAGAAUCUGGACCUGAGCCACAACAAGAUAGCAGAUUUCCCCUGGCAGGACCUGCGUAACCUCAGCAGUCUGCAGAUCCUGAAGAUGAACAACAACCGCCUGGCCGGGCUGCCCCGGGACGCUUUCCACUCCUUGAAGGACCUGCGCUCCCUUUGGCUCAACGACAACGAGUUAACCACCUUGGCUGAGGGCACCUUUGACAACCUGCCCUCCCUGUCCCAGCUGCAGAUCUUCAACAACCCCUUCAAUUGCUCCUGCAAGGUCUUCUGGCUGAAGAAGUGGACUGAGAACACUUCCGUCUCCAUCACCAAGGGGGGGUCGACCCUGUGCAUGGCCCCUGGCAGGCUGAAGGGCAGGGCGGUGAUGGACAUCCCCGACCACAACUGCAUUGCCCCCUCUGUGCAGCUCACCUACCUCUCCAACCUGGACAACACCGUCAUGUACGAUGGCCUCACCCUGACCUUGCACUGCAGCGUGGCAGGCAGCCCUCCACCAGAGAUCAGGUGGAAGAUCAAGACCUCCAGCCACCGCGUUGAGAUCAAUGGGCCCAACAUAGCACGGGAUGGAAAUGUCAAGCAGAGCCAAGAGCGCUUCUUGGUCUUCAAGAAUGGGACCAUGGCCAUCCCCAACUUCAGCAAGGAGGAUGAAGGCACCUACACCUGCCUCGCUGUCAAUGAUGUGGGCACACGGGAUGUCUCGGUCAACGUGGCCUUGGCUGGGUCAGAGAAUCCAGCUGAAGACCUGCUCCAAGACGACCCCCAAGCCAGCCACCUCGGGGGUCGGAGCUGCUACAAGGGGGAUGAAGUGGAUCCCUCUGGUGCCGGAGAAAAGCUGGUGAUCAUUUACCACAUGCCGAGGGAGUCAAAGAGCAGGGCAGGAGGAACGGUGCCCCAGGUCCACCUGGGGACCCUCCUGCUGGCUUUGGGCGUUGCGCUCUGCUGUUAA